AUGUCCUCUUGGUGCAGUAUUUCUGCUGGUGUACCGCAGGGUGGCGUUCUAUCUCCUUUACUCUUCGCUGUUUUUAUAAACUCAAUCUCUAAUCAACUAAGUUCCUUCUACCACUUUUAUGCAGAUGAUUUACAAAUAUAUACACAAGCUCCGAUUAACAUGUUAUCGGAUACAUUCAACAUAAUUAAUGCUGACCUUCAACGCAUUGGCGAAUGGAGUUAUAACUAUGGACUUAUGAUUAAUCCUAUGAAGACACAGGUGUGUGUUAUUGGCAGCCCCAGGCUGAUCUCAAAAGUUAACUGGACUCUACUGCCCCAAAUUCAGUUCGGUGGCACAACUCUUGAGAUAAGCACUACUGUAAAAAAUUUAGGGAUCUACAUGGACAACACUUUAUGA